UCACCGCCUGCCUCCCACGUCAUAAGUGCAAAAGCGGUGCGUUGGAGAUCGCCGGUUCGUUUCCGUUGGCCCAGCAGCUGUUGGGAGCUGUGAGCUUGCGAUAUAUCCUUGUCUCCGUCUGUCUGAAGUGUUGGUGAUCGAUCUCGAAGGCCAUUGUCCACGAUGACAUCGCUUGUACCCCGCGAGCCCUACUCGAAGGAGGAGCUCGAGCGUCUGUAUCCCAAGGGCCUGCAGCUUCAAUUGGUUCAAGUGUUCCUUCGACACGGCGAGAGAACGCCUGUGUCGUCCAGAUUUCAGAAUGCAGGGCUGCCACCAUAUUGGCCCUAUUGCAGUGUGGCCCGCCGCAUGACUGCGAUGGUAGCCAGCAAUGAGGACCUUUCACAAUGGAAUAGCUUUCAAUGGCGACGGAAGAUGGAAGCCUUUGGACGAAACGACGAAGCAGUCGUCUCACUCGGUCCUGAGGGAGAAAUAGAAGGCAUCUGUCAGCUGGGUGAGCUGACAGACAAGGGACGACAAACGACCUUUGCUCUCGGCCAGCGGCUGAGAUAUCUCUAUGUCGACAAACUGGGCUUCAUGCCAAAGAUAAAAUCUCACGCUGAAGACAUGUACCUUCGUACAACUCCAAUCCCCCGGGCUCUGGAAUCUCUACAACAGGUGUUUUGGGGCAUGUAUCCCGCACACGCUCGUACGGCUGAUUUCCCGCCUCCUGUUAUCGUGGGACGCAGUGUUGCGGAGGAGAACCUUUUCCCAAAUGAGGGCAACUGCCGUCGUUUCAGGCAGCUCGCCAGAGCGUUUGCCCAGAGAGCGGCAGACACAUGGAAUGAAUCCGAGGAAAUGGACUAUCUGAACAAACUAUGGUCUAAAUGGAUGCACCCCAGUUACCCUCGGGUCGCUGUCGACUCCCACCCUCGUCUUUCCGGAAUCAUGGACACCAUCAAUGCUUCACUGGCUCACGGACCGGCCACGAAGCUCCCAUCAGAGUUCUACGAUCCUAAGGCCAGGGAGUAUAUACACAAGAUCGCUGUAGACGAGUGGUACUCUGGGUACAGAGAGAGCGCGGAAUACCGGAGAUUGGGCAUCGGUGCUCUGGUGGGAGACAUCGUUGAUCGCAUGGUCAGCACAGCGGUUGAGGGUGGUUGGCGCAGUGACACGACUGCUGCUAGCACCUCGGAUACGGGAACUCCUAUCAAGUUUGCUCUCAGCGGAUGCCACGAUACUACUCUGGCUGCUAUUUUGACCAGCAUGGGCGCUUUCGAGAACCCAGAGUGGCCGCCUUUCACCUCAUCGGUUGCGAUUGAGCUUUUCUCUAAGAAGACGAGAAGCUCGACCGAGCCCGCCGGGGUUGACGCCGCAGGAGCUGUCCUGGACGAGCUAUACAACCCUGCCUCAAAGGAUACAGUUCCCAAGUCGGGCCUUCUGUCUUUUUUCACAGGCCGAUCAUCUCCCUCCCCUCCUUCGCCAUCCGACCUCGCCCGCAAGCCCCUGGACAGCUAUCCUCCAGCUACCAGAGGCGUCCUACGACAGCACUAUGUCCGUAUCCGAUAUAACGACCGCCCCAUGAGAAUACCUGGCUGUGCCGCUAAGCCAGAGAACCACCUUCCUGGAGACGACACAUUCUGUACGUUGGAGGCAUUCAAGGAGAUUGCAGACAAGUUCACUCCGAAGGAUUGGAGAGAGGAAUGUCUGGAAAACAUCGGAGAGGGACUAUUUGGCAAGGAUGGAAAGGAGAAAAUCCCAUCAGGAUACUAGUAGAUGAGUGAUAACAGAACCAAUGUCAGCGUGAGGAGAUGAUUCAAUGAGCCGGAUCUCAUCUGGAAAAAAUAAGCCAUGAGUAUUACCGAUGUAUAUUGGAUGAUUGCUGAGCAAAAAGAUUUGACGAUUCUUACAUUACAUUCUCUACUUUGCAAUCACGAUGUUUACAGUUCAGUAAAAUAAACGAUUAGAAACGCAUCUAUCUAAAUAGCAAGAAAAAGUCUCCUCAUAUCGC